AUGGAGAAUAGAGCAGAGAGGCGAUUGGAUUCUAUUACCCGCCACCUCCUUCUUCCAUUGGAAUCCAAUCAUACCCUUCAUAAGGUGGGUUUAUCAAGUAACAGUGAGGGAUUGAAGCAUGAAAAAGGAGAGCCAAUGGUGAUUGGGGGUAUGGUAUUGGACAUUCACGCCACUCCCUCUAUUCCUGCUAAUCCCAGAACCACUACUCCUGGCAAGGUGAGCUAUGUGUUAGGAGGGGUGGCGAGGAAUGUUGCCGAGUGCAUGUCCAAGCUGGGAGCAAAGCCGUUCAUGAUUAGUGCCUUGGGGCAUGACAUGGCAGGAAACUUGUUGUUGGAGAACUGGAAGUCGCAUGGGCUAUCAACUGAAGGGAUUUGGAAGCACCAAAAUAUCGAGACUGCUGUUGUUUGCAGCGUACUUGAUGCCAGUGGGGAGUUAGCAGCUGCUGUUGCAAGUGUAGAAUGUAUUGAAAAGUUUCUAACUCCUGAGUGGAUCGAGCGGUUUCGAUGCAAUAUACAUUCUGCUUCAAUAGUGAUGGUUGAUGCAAACUUGAACCCAUCUGCUCUCAAGUCUUCUUGCCAAUUGGCAGCAGAAUCUAAAAUUCCAAUGUGGUUUGAGCCGGUUUCAGUAGAGAAAUCAAGAAGAAUCAACUCAGUUGUCAAGUAUAUAAGUUUUGCUUCUCCCAAUGAAGAUGAACUUGUUGCUAUGGCAAAUACUUUAUCUGGUGGUAAUGUUUUUUGCCCAAUUGAACGGGAUAGUAGCAUAGGUAAAUGUUCAAAAGAAAAGCUGUUUGAUAUGCUAAAACCCGCCGUCUGGAUUUUGCUAAAGAAUGGCAUCAAAAUAGUUAUUGUGACUCUUGGUUCGGAUGGAGUGUUCUUAUGCUCUAAAGGAGGGCCAAGCUUGAUGAGAGCUAGUUGUGAUGGAAUCAAACCAUGUAACUCGGCUGAUAUUUUAUUUAAUAUCAUGACCGCAAGUUGUCCUCCAAAACCGUUUUCGACUCUUCCGGAUUCUGAGCGAGGCUCCUUUCUGUUUGCUGUGCAUUUUCCUGCACUUCCUGCAUCAGUGUCUAGGCUUACAGGGGCUGGCGAUUGUUUAGUUGGGGGAACAAUUUCUUCUCUUUGUUCAGGCUUAGAUAUCAUGCAAAGUGUGGCAGUUGGUAUUGCAGUUUCGAAAGCUGCAGUUGAGUCAGAGACCAAUGUGCCUUCCGCAUUCAAUUUGGCUACAAUUGCAGCCCUGCUAUAAGCUACUCACUACGUGGACCUAGGGCUGGAUGUACUGAUCAUUGUGCAAUUUUCUAUGCAGAUGAUGCAAUGUCAGUAUACUUGGCUGCUAGAGUUAUAUUCCAUCAACCAAUGCUGUGAGACAGUGAAGUCGAGAAUUUUCUUUCAUGCUAGAUAUUGAACCUCCUCAUCCCAUGGUAACCGUAAAACUUUCUAAUAAUAGAAGUGCAUUUAGUAGCGCACUGUUGCUGAGUUGGAACUGAGAGCAUUGUAGCACGGCUAAUGCUUGAUUGCUUGUAGAGUAAUUGGAAAACUUAAUAAAUCUUUCUAAUAUUUCAUUUA